GUCGUGAUCCGUUAAGUACUUCCGGGUUAUUAUCUGGAACUUUAAAUUGUUACAACAAAUGAGAUUUUCAUUGAAACUUUUCCAAAUGCCGCCUAUCGCGAAAGCAUUUGAUUUUAUUGUAAUUGGAGGUGGUUCUGGCGGCUUAGCUUGUGCCAGACGUGCUGCAGAAUUCGGCGUUAAAGCUGCCAUUGUCGAAGAGGCUCGAUGGGGAGGCACAUGUGUGAAUGUAGGAUGUGUACCAAAGAAAGUAAUGUUUAAUACAGCAAUGCAUGCAGAGUUUAUUCAUGACCAUAAAGAUUACGGAUUUGAUGUGGACUAUAAAGGAUUUAAUUGGGCCAAAAUAAAAACUACAAGGGAUGCCUACAUCAAGAGACUGAAUGGGAUUUAUGAAUCUAAUCUUGAAAAGUCUAAAGUUGAUAAAAUAGAAGGUCAUGGUAUAUUAACUGAGGAUAGAUGUGUACAGGUUGGAGGACAGAAAUACUCAGCAGAGCAUAUACUGAUAGCUACUGGUGGAAAACCUAUUGUCCCAACAAAUAUCCCAGGUGCAGAGCAUGGCAUUACAAGUGAUGGUUUCUUUGAGUUGGAAACUUUACCAAAGAAGGUGGUAGUUGUUGGAGCAGGUUAUAUUGCAGUUGAAUUAGCUGGGAUAUUCAAUUCUCUGGGAUCAGACACAUCAAUACUUAUCAGGUUUGAUGAGGUACUGAGGGCAUUUGAUCCUACUAUAAGUACAAAUGUUACUGUAAAUAUGGAACAGGGAGGAGUCAAGGUUAUGAGAAGGACACAGGUUCAAUCUGUAACAAAGAGAGAAAAUGGAUUACUUGACCUUGAACUUAAUACGGGUGACAAGAUGACAGAUGUAGACUGUUUGCUGUGGGCAGUUGGAAGAGUUCCACUAUCAGAAGAUAUAGGCUUAGAAAAAUUAGGAAUUAAGAUGGAUAACAAAGGGCAUAUCGUUGUGGAUGAGUUCCAGAAUACUACAGGCAGUAAGAUAUAUGCUCUUGGAGAUGUAUGUGGUAAAGCCUUGCUUACACCAGUUGCCAUAGCAGCAGGUAGAAAAUUAGCUCACCGACUGUUUGAUAACAAAUCAGAUUGGAAGUUAGACUAUACUGAUAUUCCCACAGUUAUAUUCUCACAUCCACCAAGUGCCACAUUGGGUCUAACUCAAGCUGAAGCAGAAGAAAAGUAUGGUAAAGAUAAGAUCAAAGCCUACAAGUCUGAGUUUACACCUAUGUAUUUUGCUGUUACAACAAGGAAAGAAAAGUGCCAUAUGAAAUUGAUUUGUUUGUUACCUGAUGAAAAGGUGAUUGGACUACACAUGGUAGGACAAGGUGUUGAUGAGAUGUUACAAGGGUUCUCUGUAGCUGUCAAGAUGGGUGCCACAAAGGCUCAAUUUGAUUCAGCUGUAGCAAUCCAUCCGACAUCAUCAGAAGAACUUGUCACCAUGAGAUAAUUUAUAUCAUUGUUAAAUACAAAUUAUAUAUAUUUUGUUAGAUGUUUUUUUAUAUUUAUAUUUGAAUGUAUCAGAAAUAGUUCCUUCCCUGAUGACUUCAGAUGGCAUAUUUAUACAAAAACUAUCAACCUGAAAUAUUAAUGUACAUGUUCUGGGGUUUUAAUUGACUACCUCAGAUUUUUCUACGCCAGAUAUUAAGUUAUUGAUUUUUACAAGUAACCCUCCGGACCAAUAUCAUAUAAAUUCUUAGUUUAUCUAUUACCCUAGUUUUUCUUAUUUAGCAACAUUUAUUUGUUCCUGUGUGAAUGUCAUUUGAAAAAAAAUAUCUGCAAUUUUACAUACAUUACAUGCUUUUUGUAUAUUUUUAUAUAACUAGUUAUUUAUUUAUCAUCAAAUCCUUAUGACUGACUUUUGAUCUCAUGUUCUUACAUAUUUAUAUAUUGAAGACAACUUAUUACAGCAUACUUUACCUUUAUAAUAUUGUCAAUUUAAAGGUAAUUAAAAGACAAAUUUUGUUUUAGAUUUCUAGAAAGUAGAUAUUUUCCUUUCUGUUGAGUGCCAUAUGACAAUCUCUAUAUAAGUUAUACGUCUGUAAAAGACAGACUCAGUUUAAUUACACUUGGUUGAAAAUGAUGCACAUUUCUAAGUUAUAAUUACAGUUUCUCUAACUUUUGUGCAAUUUUCACGAUUCAUGAGCAGUGUGACAAAAAUAUUUUUAUCACUAGUAAAAUAUCUGUUCUCAGCAUGUGAUUGGUAGAAAAUUAUAUUAAAUUUUCUUGAUUUGUUCUAAAUUUCCUAUUAUGACAUCACGGAAAAAAAACCGACCAUGCCUGAUGACAUCACAUAUAUAUAUAGAACACAAUUUUCUGUAAAUAUUAAAAAAAAAAGAAGGUAAAAAUCAUUAGAGAAACAGAUCCCACCAUCAUUACUUGUGUAUUAUUACAUUUCUCAAUUCAAGAGUUAAAUUUUAACUAUUUCAAAAGCUCAACAAGUCUCACGCUUUAAAUAUUAAAAUGAAACUGUUGCCAGUGGUGAAACAUUGUAACACAGUUGUUGUAGUGAUGGAAUCUAUAUAUCCUGCAGUUGAUUUUUACGAGAAUAAAAGAAUAUUAUGUUAUAUA